UUGUUUGAACCAUUUUGUUACCCAAGCAUCCUCCUUUGGUCGUUAAUGUUAUGCCACACUCCUCCGAGUGGUUACUGCAGCUUCUUCAACGAUUCCUCAAGAACUCGAUCAAAAUCCAACAAAUCCACGCCCUCCUAAUCACCGGCAGCCAUCUCCUCUGCAACUCCAAAGCUCCACCAAAUCCAAAAUGGAUCAACACUCUCCUCUUCAACACUCUCAUCAGAGCCUAUCUAAGUUUCAACCAACCUCGCUCCGCCCUCCUCCUCUACACCCACAUGCUCUCGCACCACGCCAACCCCAACGCCCACACCUUCCCUUCAAUCAUCAAAUCCGCCGCCGUUUCUUCACGUUUUCUGGGCAAACUGAUUCACGCCCACGCUGUCAAGAUUGGCGUUCUGAGCGACCCGUUUGUGCAGACCUCGUUCGUUGGCUACUACUCGGAGGUUGGGGAAUUGGAUGAUGCACGUAAGGUGUUUGAUGAAAUUCCGAACCCAUGUAUUGUCGCGCUUAACUCUAUGCUUGAUGCGUUUGUCAAAAAUGGGGACCUGGGCUCUGCUGUUUUGAUGUUUGAAUCCAUGGGAGAGCGUGAUGUGGUUUCUUGGACCAGCGUCGUUAAUGGGUUUUUGUGGAAUGGGCGCUUUCUUGAGGCGAUUUGGUUUUUUGAGAUGAUGAUGAGGAGUUCUGUGAAGCCAAAUGAAGCCACGUUUGUGAGUGUACUUUCUUCGUGUGCUAAUUUGGAUGCUGAAGGAGCUCUUUGUCGAGGGAAAGAAAUACAUGGUUAUAUAAUUAGAAAUGAGGGUGAGUUGAGUGUUUUUGUAGGGACGGCGUUGAUUGAUUUUUAUGGGAAAAUGGGUUUCUUAGGAAGUGCAACAAAUGUUUUUAAUCAAAUGAAGAACAGGGAGAUCUGCGCUUGGAAUGCAAUGAUUUCUUCGUUUGCAUCCAAUGGUAGAGAAACAGAAGCACUAGACCUAUUUGCUGAAAUGAAGGCUAAAGGAAUCCAUCCUAAUGAGGUUACAUUUGUUGCAAUUCUCACUGCCUGUGCUCGUGGGAAGCUCGUCGAAUUGGGGCUGCAGUUAUUCCAAUCAAUGUCGAACAAUUUUGCGCUUGUGCCGAUUGCUGAGCACUACGCCUGUGUGGUUGAUCUCUUAGGCAAAGCAGGGCUUUUGAGAGAAGCAACUGAGUUCAUAAAGUCGAUGCCCUUUGAGCCUGCUGGUUCUGUUUUGGGAGCCCUUUUGAGUGCUUGUAAAAUUCAUGGAGCCACUGAACUGGGAAAUGAAGUGGGAAGAAGAUUGCUCACGAUGCAGCCACAACAUUGCGGGCGAUACGUGGCUUUGGCGAGUAUAAAUGCCGAAGCAGAGAAAUGGAGUCAUGCUGCAGGUAUAAGAAGAGUGAUGGCAGACGCCGGGAUUCAGAAAGCUCCAGCCUAUAGUAGAGUAGUUCCAAUGCGAAAUCUGGUAUGACCAGCCACACUGGAACUGAGACACGAUUCGGACUUCCACGAAAGGCAGCAGUGGAGAAUCUUGGACAAUGGACAUUCGAGUCUUCAUCGAUUGGGUGGUCGGAUGCAAUCGCCCGGCUGCAGCAGUAUUGCAUCAACUAUCACCGAAUAUAAAUGGACGUCUUUUCUUUUUCUUUUUUAGUGGACCAAAUUCUAGACGAAGGCCAUUG